UGAAAUGAAUCCGAAAGAGAGCCAAAAGCAUUCUACUGAACCGCUCUCAGAGCGCGAAAAGCACCUCCUCAGCAUUUAUGGAAAGUUACCUCACAAAGGGCUGCUAGGCCCAGCGUCUAAGCAUCGGACCUACUUCGACUCUGGUGACUAUGCUCUUGCUGCAGCUCACAAAACGACGGAUGAAGGGACUAUCGAACCUGGAACGGCGCAUCCGUUGCGAGAGAGCAUUCCACAUCCCUAUGCUCCCGUCCCUAGCUCUGGUAACGUUGCUGAAGAUGCCAACAAUGACUCGCAUUGUAGGAGGAGUUCAAGUCCUGAAUAGGGGAAAGAUAAGCUCUAGCUCGGAAUAGCUAACAUACCUUAUGUCAAUCCGGAAGACUUGGUCUGGUUGGAAAUUGUCUACUAAGGUUGGAGAUUGGGGUCAUUCAGCCAUAGAUGGCCAUGUGCGAAACCAUCGGCAUAUGGCUAUCUUUUAAGUGAUUGCAGAGGACUCUCAGUCGUGUCCUUUAAUGAGUGUGAAAUAUGGGUGGUCGGUAGCAUGUUCAGUAGUUUAAAUCAGCAUGUCCUAGCUCAAAAUCUGAUUAAAGCGGGAGUGAUAUUCAUAA